AUGCGAGUCCGCAAGCGUCAGGCUCGUGAGGGCCACAAGCAGUCCUACGAUGCCCAGAACCUGCGUGGUCUGCGAGCCAAGCUGUACCAGCAGAAGCGCCACAAGGAGAAGAUACAGAUGAAGAAGCGCAUCAAGGCCCAGGAAGAGAAGAACGUCAAGUCUUCCGCCCCCGAAGAGCCUUCCAAGACCCCUCUGCCGCAAUACCUGCUGGACCGAUCCCAAGCCACCAAUGCCAAGGCCCUGUCGAGUGCUAUUAAGGACAAGCGGAAUGAGAAGGCUGCCAAAUUCGCCGUGCCACUGCCGAAGGUCAAGGGGAUUAGCGAAGAGGAGAUGUUCAAGGUGGUCAACACCGGAAAGAAGACCCAUAAGAAGUCAUGGAAGCGCAUGAUUACCAAGCCUACUUUCGUCGGAAGCGACUUCACUCGUCGCCCCGUCAAGUACGAGCGAUUCAUCCGUCCCAUGGGUCUCCGUUACAAGAAGGCCAAUGUGACCCACCCCGAACUGGGUGUCACCGUCCAACUCCCCAUCCUCUCCGUCAAGAAGAACCCCUCAAACCCUCUCUACACCCAACUCGGUGUCCUGACCAAGGGAACGAUCAUCGAGAUCAACGUCUCCGAGCUGGGUCUCGUCACCACCACCGGUAAAGUAGUGUGGGGUAAAUGGGCACAGAUCACCAACGUGCCUGAGAACGACGGCUGUGUCAACGCCGUCCUCCUUGUCUAG